CUUGGAGAGAAGACCAUGACUCCAUCCCUCUUCCUCGCUUCUGCGCUUCGGGUAUCGGCGGCUUUCCCAACUUCUCCCUGCAAGAUGUAAGGAACGUCUAACGUCAGUUCCCUUCGACACGGUUUCGCCGAUUCAAUUCCUUCCGCUUGCUCUUUCGAAUUCCGACGGAUUCACUGAUGUUAUCUCAAGAAGACCUGGUGACGCUGUUGAUGCUGGCCAUGGUAGUACAACUGAGUACGGGCACGGGGACGUACCUCGGUCCCGAAGACUACCAAGACCUGUCGUUCCCGUACGGAGCGGUCGCCCCGUCGAAGCGCUUCCCGGACUACGACGCAGACGAGAGCCCCGAGAUCUGCGCCUGGAUGCGGAAGCCCUGUCUCCCGCGAAGCGCGAGGGGAAGGCACUCCCCGAAGCGAGCCACAUGGUUCUCCAUGCCCAACGUUCAGCCGCGGUCCGUGCCGCUCACCCCACAGCUCUGCGCCUGGCUCAGACUGCCGUGCUAGAGGCGCCUGCUGUCUGUGCUCCGCCUGUGGCGCCGUCGAGGCCGAUAGGGUAACACCGUUCCGAAUGCAUCGAGUCCUGAUUUCUACGUUAGGUAUUAACGGAAUUUCAAGCAUUCCCGUUUGGAAAGUUACUAGAAGAAAGCGUUUUCUCGCAUAACUCAGAAAAACGGUUUCAUGGUGGUUGCAUCGCUUCGUGUAUUUUCUCCCCGCUGUAUUGCGUUCUCUGCCCGAUGGCUGGAACUUGUCAAUUUUGAGUUGCAUGUGAAGAGUGCGAAAAGUCUCGUCUGACCUCGUUUGACCUCGUUUGACCUCUCGGUCAUUCCACAGCGAUGUCGCAUUCAAUGUCUUUUCCUUCUCGCUUCUAUCAAGGAGAGACGAAAUAAAUAUUCGCAUUGAG